GGCCGAAAAGCAGAUUGCUCACAUGACAGAAUUUAGAAAAUCUCUCGUACACUUUCCCAGAAGGAGCCAUGUAAAGAUGAUAGUGAUCAAAAACAAACCCAGAUUAAGUAAUCUUAAAGGAAAGAGCAUCGACCCCAUUCCCAAUCCACCGGAGAGACUGCUUCUUUAUACAUCAACACAACAAAACCGGCUGAAAAGUCCUUGUCAUUCCAACAAUUGAAGCCUGGCAACUUUGUAUCCAGUCUGAAUUCCAGCAUUGACUUUUAGAAAACGGAACCUUUAACACAAUUGAUAAACUGCAAGUCUACAUAUCUGAGCAGACAUGCGACGGGCAGAUACCGGGGUGUGGAAUGAGGCACAGAGGCGAGAGGAGAAGAGGGCACAGGCGAGGCUGGCAGGAGGGCUACAGCAGCUGGAGGAGGCACGGCUCUACCAGCUGAAAAACCUGACCAGAGAGCAGUGGAGAAUACACCGCGACCUGGGAGCCAUCAGGGCAAGUAACCCCUGGAGGAAAACUAUCCAAACCCUGGGGUCAAGACCAAGGGACCAAGAGUUAAACCGCCCGACCCAGUCCUACCGGAGGACCCCCCUACCCAGAAUUCCACAAGCUGGCAGAGGGCCUGAGAAACACAGGUCUCAGAAGUCGAAAUCUGUGGGUGUGGUUGGCUCCUCGGCUGGCCUGCAUGCUCGGGUUCGAGAAUUCAUGGGUGGAGGAGAGCCCAGAGCGGAGGGCUCUGGGGCACUGAUCAGCUUGCCGGAUCUCAAAGCGCAAACUGUACAAGGGGAGGAUGAGGAGACAGAUAGGGAGAGGGGGAAGCUACAAUGGGAAGGAGAGAUGUAUUGUCCUUCUCAACCUACUGCGACUGAGAUUCUGUCUCCAGACGGCCGCCUGAGGACGGUUCACACCAUGCCAACCUUCUCCCAGGCUCUGGCUGAAGCCCGGAAAGCCCGCUACAUCAGACACUGUGGUCGCCCCCUCUGUGAGAGGGAACUGUCGGUGCGCGAGAUAUUUUCAAGGACCGCCAAAGAUGCCCAGACACACUGAUGCACACUUCUGAUCUUCUGUAACUGUGUUACUGAUCAUUCUCUCCUGACUCUGUAACCUUUCCCCUUCACAACCCAUUGACCUGCUAAGCAAUACACUCCAUUUUUAUCUCCACCUAUCCCUCCAUGUUAGAAUGCCAACUUAAUGUGAUAAGAUAAGAUUGGAUAAGAGCUUCUGCCAAAUUUACAUUUACAUUUUACAUUUUAGUCAUUUGGCAGACGCUUUUAAUCCAAAGCGACUUACAAGUGCAUAGGUUCUACCACAAGUCAAAGCAUCACAUCCAGAACUAGGAAAAUACACCUGGACUGCUGUUCUAAACAUCUAGUCGUCAU